CCCGCGCCCAUGCAUGUUACGCAGAAAGUCUGGAAUAGUUUGCCAAGGCCAGUACAAGCCUCCCUGCUCAUGGCUCGAUUGGUGCGGCUGUGACAAAGUCACAAAGGUGUUUUCCCUGCACUUGAAGCCAAGCAUAAUUGGUGUCUAUGAAAGCCACUUGAAAAUGCUAGCAGUCUUUUCGGCGCCAACUGGUCGCAAUCCAUAGUUUUUAUGCGAGGCUGGCACACUCGAGCCUCGACGACUUUCUGCUCUUCUUCAUUACUAGUUGCAAUCAUCGCACAUGUAGCCUUUAUUGCGUAUGUCCUGGAGACGGUAGACACGUCAGCCACACCCGCCGUGGUGCAGCGACUGCUGCCAUGCCCGGCCGGCUGCGAGAAACGCGGCAACUGCGACGCGGAGCGCGGCGUCUGCCAGUGUCCUUGGGGAUGGGACGGCCCCGCCUGCGAGCACGACCGCAUGGCUGCCUGCAAGUCCACGUCUCGGGACCCGGGCUUCUGCGGCAGUACUGUGCCCAAGAACUGCGAGUGCUACCGAGAGUGCUACCGGCUGUACUGCCCGGCCCGCAGCCCCUGGACCGGGUCGGACCUGGAGGACGUGUGCACACACGGCGCCGGCCGCGGGCUGUACCGCGCACACUGCUACCUGUACAACAGCGACAGCGGCCACCCCGCCAACGACUCGGUCUACCCCGCUGACCUGUCCGCCACCACCUGGUUCCGCCACAUCCCCGAGGUGGAGGGCGGGCACCGGUACAGGAACAGCCUCAAGGCGCCGGAGCUGGCGGGCGCGCCCGGCAAGUGGGAGGGCUCGCUGCUGCGGCCGGCGGCGCUGGACGAGUGCGCGGACCGCUGCAGCGAGGGGCAGGGAGUGUGUGUGGUGCCCAACCCCGACUCCUGGGAGUGGAGCUUCGAGCGGCUGCAGGACACCCGCAAAGACGACGACGACCAGGCUGAGGCCGAGGGAGGGAAGGGCGAGGAAGGGAAGGGCGAGGCGGGGGCGGUGACGUGGGAUGACGCGCUGGGGGAGGCGCAUGGGGAGGAGGAGGAGAAGGGGCUCAAGGAGCCGCGCCCCAGGUGCUGGUGCCGCCUGGGGUUCAAGGGCCGCACCUGCGCGGAGCUCAACCCCGAGUCCUGCUGGUUUUCGCCCAACUGCAGCGGCGCCGGCACCUGCCGCAGCGGCUUCUGCCACUGCCGCCCCGGGCGCUGGGGGCUGGGCUGCGCCCGCACGGCCGCCUACCAGCCCGCCCUUAUCGCCGCCGCCGCCGCCGCCGCGGCGCGGGCUGCUGCGCCUGCUGUGACGGCUGGGGCUGGCGCGACUGGGGCUGCUGUUGCUGCUGGUGCUGCUGGCCCUGCGCCCGCACGUGCCGCCGGCGCUGCCGCGGCGCGGGCUGCUGCCGCUGCGCGGGCUGCCGCCGCUGGUGUUGGUGCUGUGCGUAGGCCUGCAGCCGGCGCUGGUGCUGGCGCUAGUGCUGGCGCUGGUGCUGGCGCUAGUGCUGGCGCUGGUGCUGGCGCUAGUGCUGGCGCUGGUGCUGGCGCUAGUGCUGGCGCUGGUGCUGGCGCUAGUAGGCCGGGCAAGACGAGCGGAAAGAGGAGCGGAAAGAGGAGCGGCAACAGGAGCGGGAAGAGGCAGAAGAUGGAAGAGGAGGAGGACGACGACGAAGAGCAGCAGCAGGAUUACGCGUCGGAGCAGGAGCAGGAUUACGCUGCCGAGCAGGAGCAGGAUUAUGGUGCGGACGAUUACGAUGUAGGGGAAAGUGAGGAGGCAGCUGGGGGCGUGGAGCCGCAGCCGUCGGAGCUGGCGGAGCUGCCCGACAUGCGCUCGAUGCACAAGCUGCGGAUCUACAUGUAUGAGCUGCCCUGGCAGGCGGCCUUCCCCGGCGAGUUCAACGACGCCGACAGCUACCGCGACCCCAUCUACAUCGCCUACGAGCAGUUCCUGACGCGCUUCCUGAACGACAGCACCGUGCGCACAGAGAACCCGUACGAGGCCACCCUGUUCUAUGUGCCGCUGCUGGCCUACUGGUACGGCGCCAACGUGGGGCCAGGCCACCUGCAGGUCGAGGCGGUGUUGCGGCGCCACGUGGCCGCCACCUGGCCCUUCUGGAACAGGACAGGCGGUCGUGACCACUUCUUCUUCAUGGACAACGACCGAGGCGCCUGCCACCUGACCCGCAGGCUGCAGGACCGGCCCAUCAAGCUGGUACACUUCGGGCUGCAGGCCGCCCGCAGGCCGCGGAGCUCCAUCACCAACAACGCCGACUACGCGUGUGUGCAGGUCAAGCGGGACCUGGUGGUGCCGCCCUUCGUCCAGUUCCCGCGCACAGCCGCCGACUACUACAAGCGCCUGGCGGCAGCCGGCGGCGCGGACGCCGAGCGCACCACGCUGCUGUUCUUCGCGGGCUCGCUGCGGACUGAUGACCGGGAGUACAGCGGCGGGGCGCGGCAGGCUGUCGCCGCCAUGCUGGCAGCGCUGGGCGACCGGCGGCCUGCUGACGUGGAGUUCGUGGAGGGGUGGGUGGGCAACUACGGCAAGCACUACCGCGCCGCGCACUUCUGCCUGGCGCCGUACGGUCACGGCUGGGGCAUUCGGCUGUCUGAGGCGGUGUCGUGGGGCUGCAUCCCGGUGCUUGUUCAGGACAUGGUGUAUCAGCCCUUUGAGGACUUCAUUCCCUACGAGGAGUUCUCGGUGCGGCUGCCCCACCACGACAUCCCGCGCCUGCUGGACAUCCUGCGCAGCUACACGCCGGAGCAGCGUGACGCGCUGCGGCUGGGCCUAGUGCGUUGGCACACGGCUUUCCUGUGGGACUGGGAGCGGGGCGGCCGCGCGUACGAGCUAACCCUCAAGGGUCUGGAGCGCCGGGCGUACAACCUUCACACCGACAUGUGGAGGCGGAGGCGAAGGGGCCGGCGGCGGAGGCUGCUGGAAACUGGUGCGAGGGAGGCGGAGGCGGAGGCGGAGGCUGCUAGUGGCGGGGGCCCAUGCGCUCGGAUGGAGGAGGAUGAGGGUGAAGGUGGUUCGGAGAGCGUGCUUUGUGGUAGUAGCGCUGGCAUUGGCCUUAGCAGGAGGCUUCUCGGUGAUAGAAGAUUAGCUGGAGAUGGGGUUCAUGCUGGUGGCGGUGGGAGCGAACCGCGGCAGAACCGUGAGAGGAAGGAGCCGGGGAGGCUGCGCCAAGGCGGUGGGAGCGAGGCGGGAGGCUUGGAGCUGGAAGACGCCGCUCCGCUGGGCGAGGCGAGUGGAGGAAGAGGGCAGGAUGACGCAUAUGAAUUGGUGUAGCUCGGGAAACAACAACGGCGAUGUGGGGUCUGGACAAUCCGUGCCCUUGGAUCCAAGAACAUU